CUUGAAGAUGUCAACGAUAAUCCCCCCGUAAUUUUGAAGAGGCACUAUGCUUUUGAUCUGGCAGAGGGCUUGCCAAAACAGUCGAUUGUUGGUCGCAUAGAGGCUCAUGAUGCUGACUUUCUUCCUGAAAAUCGCCAAAUCUCCUUUGAGCUCGUCAAUCAUCCAGACGUCAACGCCAGCAAAUACUUUUAUAUUGAAAGGUGA